UUUCAAUGGCUUCAUCAAAUUUAAGAAAGCAGAUAGAAAGUAUUAAAAAUAUUGAAGUAAAUUUAUUAAAUGAAGAGAGAAAAAUAAAUAAUCCUCCUUCUAAGGAAGGUGGGGACAACAACCAAAUAAUACUCAUCAAAUCCUUUUCUAACCCUUCUUCUUCUUCUUCAUCCUCUUUAUCAUCUCCACAACAAACUCUCCCCCCUUCAACAACCGUUGUUUCAUCUUUUAAUAAUAAUUCUUCCGUUCCCGUCCCUACUGACAACAACAAUUAUUUAAUUAAUAAUUCUGUUAACAAUAAUAUUUCCGAAUGUUCUGCUAUUGUCUUAAAAAAUAAUUCUUCUUCUUCCGGUGAAACAAAAUCUUCUUCACUUCUUCCUCUACAAAAAAUUAACGAUACUUCCUAUUCUGUUGAAGCAACCUCUUCCUUUAAACUAAACUCAUCCUCCUCUUCCCAUACUACAAACUCAUCCCCUUUGGAAACUUCUUCAUUUACUCAAUUAGACACUCCUCCCCUUCAAGAAAAUUCUAUUAAAUCCUCGUCUACAGUGUCUUCCAAUUUUUCCAAAACUUUUUCCUCUACAAAAUCUCCAGCUCCAGAUAAUUCUUCUUCAACACCUCAACAACCUUCUCCUUCGCCCUCCUCCACAGUAAAUUUUGUUCCCCGUCGCCGUCCUCGCCACAUCUCUGGAAUUGGAGGAGGCCGUGUUCGAAUUUUGGGAGUUCAUUCAGAACCGGGCUCUUUUGCUUUAGAAGAAUCUCCAUUAGAAGAAGAAGAGCUUUUAAUAUUUAAUAAAAGCGAAGAAAAAACAGAAAAGGAUUUAUUAGAAAGCCAUUUAAUAUCCUCUAAACAAAAAUCAAAUAACUUUAAAGGCAGAAGACAGCUUAGCGCAAUGUCCAGCCUUUAUAGACAAGUUAGCUCUUAA